AUGGUCUUUGGAAACAAUAAUUCAUCAUCACCGAAUGAUAUUUCACCUAGGAAUAGACGAUUCGUAUUUCAACAAGCUACUACAACACACCAUCAUCAUAAUCAUCAUCAUCACCAUCAUGGUGGUCAUCAUCACGAACAAGAAGAUGAUUCAUUGGUUGCGAGUGGAGAAUUGGUGAUGAGACAGAAUGGAUUUUUUGGUAGAUGGAAAAAAUUCUUCUUUACACUAACAAAGGAUGGAGCUUUUGUUAAAUUCAAAACCUCUGAUUUUCACACACCCAUGCAAACAUACUUUCUAAUAUAUUCACACAAUUUAGUUUGUGACGGGCACAAAAACGACAAGUACAAUAUGGUGACAACAGAGGCUGCAUUUGAAUCACCCACACUUCCUCAACCAGCUAAUAAUUUAUGUGGAAAAUCGAAUAGUAUGCUCUUGUUUGUGGAAAAUUCAGUGGCAGAAAAGGAAACUCUUGUUGUGGUGGCUCCUUCUGCUGAUCAGUACAAUAUGUGGAUGAGAGCUUUUGAAAUUGUAUUUGAAAAUGCAAAAUAUGAAAUGACAGUUAGUACCAUGAUUGAUGGUACAUCCUCAUCAUCAGAUUCUGGAUCAUCUUUCACAAGUCAUGAAUCAUAUCAUUCAGAUAAGCAAAUUACAUUUGAUAUUUACAAGAAGGGAUUGAAGAUUUCAAAUUUAAUUGAUGCCAUGACAGAUCCUACUGUCAUUGCAAAUGAUAAGGGAAUAAUUAUAGGUGUAAAUGGUGCAGCAGAGGCAAUGUUUGAGUGGAAACAUAUUGAACUGAUAGGAGAGAAUGUCAAAGUUCUCAUGCCAACAGUAUUUGCCAAAUAUCAUGACGAGUUUAUCAAUAAUUACAAAAAGACGAGAAAGCAGAGAAUGAUUGGAAAGCCAAGAAAUGUACUAGGAAAGACAAAAAAUGGAAGAACAUUCACUGUAGAGAUUUCAGUGGGAGAAAUUUCAGGACGAAUGUCAUCAGAUAUGAUUCAUUCAUCGGAACAUGAGAAUAUAAUUGGAGAUUUGUCAUUUAUGGCUGUGUUUCGAAUUCCUUUCGGUUCUAGUUUCGGAUCUUCUUCAGAUUUAUCGUGGGACAGCUCGAGUAUGAGUUCCAGUGAAUCAUUCAAUGAGAAGGAGAAGGAGGACGAACACGAUUUUAACACCAUGAUCGAGGCGAGUGUAAAGAAUUUUUCACAUCACAACACAGCACCUCUACCACCUAGGAAUUUGAGAUUAAACAUCUCCAGUUCAAAAUCAUCCUCAGCAGAGGAUGUCUUUAACGAUCCAGCUAGAAGUUAUAGUGAUGACGAUAGUGAUUCUUCGAGUGACAGCGAUGUAGAACAGUAUAUGAUUUCACCACCUCGUGGUGGACCAACACAUUCAGCACUGUUCAAUUGCAUUUCAUAUUCACCAUCCAGUUUACAAGAGAGAAAGGAAAAGAUUUACAAACGAGUGGAAAAGAUUGAAAAGAGGAGCAGAACUUUGAAAGAUAACGAAUUCAACAAGCUGAAAUACAAAUUUCUACUAUUGGAAAAGCAGAUUAAAAUCAUGGAAGAGGAAAAUGAAAAAUUAUUCACUCAAUUAGAAACACAACGAGAAUCAAUUGAAUUAUUGGAGAGAGAAAGCCGAGUAAUGUUAUCAUCACCAGAAGUUUCAGUAUUUAUUGAUAUGGCAAACAGCCCUUCAUCCUAUGAAUCAAUUUUGAAGUGGGCAACUAAGAAUGGUAAACUAAAUCAUGUCAGAUGUUGUAAAAGUAUAAUUGAUUUCAGUGCCAAAUAUUCCAAAUCAAUGAAAUCAGCAUCCUAUUCACUCCACAAACAACACUUCAAGAUGGAGAAGAAUGCAAGAGAAAUAUUCGAUGAAUUCUUCUCUUCCCACGCCAAACAUCCAGUCAUUCUCUCGGAAGAAUUGGCCGAUACCCUAUUAUCACAUUUGGACACUCCAACGUCUCACAUGUUUACAAUGAUACUUUACGAAAUCAUAACGACUAGUAUAUCUUCUGAACAAUUAUGGAAUAACGUAUUUUCUGGACAUAUUUGA